CGCCGAAUUGCGCAGCGCGGGUAAUGUGUUGAUGAAAACACGGAGAGUAUUGUAACGUGAAGUUAAAGGAUACACCGACAUAUCGCCCGGUUUAAACUCUUCAAAACUUGAAUCAUGCAGCGGAGUAUUGCAUCUUUCUUCCAGCCAAUGAAAGGCAAGGAGAAGAAUGAUGGACAGGUGAAGGUGAAAUCAGAGUCGGUGAAGAGUCCACUCAAACUCCAGAACGGUAACCAGGAAGUGGACUCUCCGGUGAAGAAGCUGAGCAAGCGCAGCCGGCAAAUCCUGGACAGCGACGAUGAAGAGCAGACCGCUGGGAAAGAGCAGGUGGCCAAUCAGGUCAAAGGAGACGCAGGAGACAAGCCCACCAAGGAGCACACGGCCAAUCAGGUCAAAGGAGACGCAGGAGACAAGCCCACCAAGGAGCAGGAGUCUGAUCCUAAAGCCACACCCACCCCUCUCUCGCCAAAGACGCCUGUUUCCCCGGCAACUCCUAUGACCCCAGUGACCCCAGCUGCGUUGGUUGCCUCGGCAACCCCAGUCACCCCCUCCUCCGAGUCCCCCUCCGGCGUUCCCAAACGCAGGACAGCGAGGAAGCAGUUCCCCAAGAGGAAGCUGGAGAGCCGCAGUGAUGGAGAGACAGAGAAGGAGGAGGAGAAUGAAGGGAAGAAGGAGGGAGGACAGGAGAGCAAGAGAGCCAGGACAGACCAGUCCCAGGAGCCCACAGACAAAGAGGAGGAGCAGAUGGAGGUGGAGAAUGGAGAUGGACAGAUCACAGAAGACACGGAGGGAGGAGAGAAGCCCACAGCAGAGGUGAAGAAAGAGAGGGAGGAGGAAGAGGAGGGAAUGAAAGAAGAGACGAAAGACGAAAGCCCUGCAGGAAGUCCCCAGGUGCGGAAGAAGGGAGGAGAGAAGGAGGACAAGAAGAGGAAGAGCUCAGAGAGUCCUGAGGGGAAGAAGGGAGGAAAGAAGGAGGACAAGAAGAGGAAGAGUGGAGAGAGUCCUGAGGGGAAGAAGAGAGGAGAGAAAGAGGAGGACAAGAAGAGGAAGAGUGGAGAGAGUCCCAGAGCUGUGAAGAAGGGAGAGACAGAGGAGAAGAAAGAGAAGGAGAAGAAAGAGAAGAAGGAGAAGAAAGAGAAGGAGGCAGUAAAGAAGACGGCGGCUCUCAGCAGCUUCUUCACUCCCAGGAAGGCUGCAGUGAAGCUGGAGAAGGUGGAGCAGACUGACGAAGAGAAGAAGCCCGUCCCCUCUGAAGAGAAGGACAGCCACAGUGCUAAAGGGGCGGAGUCUGUGGACCAAUACGAUCCCUCCAGGGCUCACUACCACCCCAUAGACCAUGCCUGCUGGGGGCGUGGCCAGAAAGUUCCCUACCUUGCAGUGGCUCGAACGUUUGAAAAGAUUGAAGAGGAUUCGGGAAGGUUGAGGAACAUUGAGACCUUGUCAAACUUACUGCGUUCAGUCAUCCUACUGUCUCCAGAUGAUCUCCUGUGCUGUGUGUAUCUGUGCCUGAACCAGCUUGGUCCCGCCUAUCUGGGCCUGGAGCUGGGCGUCGGGGAGACGGUCCUGAUGAAAGCUGUCGCCCAGGCAACAGGACGACAGCUGGACAAGAUCAAGGCGGAGGCCCAGGAGAAAGGAGACCUGGGAUUGGUGGCCGAGAGUUCCCGUAGCAACCAGAGAAUGAUGUUCGCCCCAGCCAAUCUGACCACCAGGGGCGUGUUCAUCAAGCUGAAGGAGAUCGCCAGCAUGAGCGGCAACUCUUCCAUGACUAAGAAGAUUGACAUCAUCAAGGGUCUGUUCGUGGCGUGCAGGCACUCUGAAGCCAGAUACAUCGUCAGGUCUCUGGCGGGAAAGCUGCGGAUUGGCUUGGCUGAGCAGAGCGUUCUGGCAGCUCUGAGUCAGGCUGUGUGUCUCACCCCACCUGGACAAGAAUUCCCUCCUGCAGUGGUGGAUGCUGGGAAGAAGAUGAGCACAGAGAGCCGCAAGUCCUGGCUGGAGGAGAAGAGCCUGAUCCUCAAACAGACCUACUGUGAGAUGCCCAAUUAUGAUGUCAUCAUUCCUGUCCUACUCAAGGAGGGCAUCGACGAGCUGCCCAAUCACUGCAGGCUUACUCCAGGUGUUCCCCUGAAGCCCAUGCUGGCUCACCCUACUAAGGGAGUUGGGGAGGUGAUGAAGAGGUUUGAUGAGGCCGCCUUCACCUGCGAGUACAAGUAUGAUGGAGAAAGAGCACAGAUCCACAUCCUGGAGAGUGGGGAGGUACGCAUCUACAGCCGCAACCAAGAGGACAACACCACCAAGUACCCCGACAUCAUCGCACGCAUACCACAGGUGAAGAAGGCGUCGGUGGUGUCGUGUGUGUUGGACUCUGAGGCGGUGGCCUGGGACCGAGAGAAGAAGCAGAUCCAACCCUUCCAGGUCCUCACCACCCGCAAGAGGAAGGAUGUGGAUGCAGCAGACAUUAAGGUGCAGGUGUGUGUGUACGCCUUCGAUCUGCUCUACCUGAACGGCAAGUCGCUGGUGCGUGAGCCGCUGUGUGCGCGGAGGGCUCUGUUGCGGGAGAGCUUUGAGGAGCAGGAGGGUCAGUUCGUCUUCGCCCGCUCCCUCGACUCCCACAGCACCGACACCAUCGCCGAGUUCCUCGAGCAGUCCGUGCGAGACUCUUGUGAGGGACUGAUGGUGAAGACUCUGGAGAAAGAUGCCACCUACGAGAUCGCCAAGCGCUCACACAACUGGCUCAAGCUGAAGAAGGACUACCUGGAGGGGGUGGGGGACACGGUGGACCUGUGUGUGGUGGGGGCGUACCUGGGCAAGGGCAAGAGGGCCGGCGCCUACGGAGGCUUCCUGCUCGCAUGCUACGACGACGACAACGAGGAGUUCCAGUCCGUCUGCAAGAUUGGAACUGGUUUCAAGGAUGAGGACUUGGAGCAACAUUACAAUUUCCUAAAGGAACACAUUCUGCCCAAACCCCGCCCCUAUUACCGUGUGGACCAAUCAGCAGAGCCGGAUGUGUGGUUAGACGCUGUGCAAGUGUGGGAAGUGAAAUGUGCCGACCUAUCGCUGUCUCCCAUCUACAAAGCUGCAAUGGGAUUGGUGGACCCAGUGAAGGGCAUCUCCCUCCGAUUCCCACGGUUCCUACGGAUACGAGACGACAAGAAGCCAGAGGAUGCCACCUCAGCAUCUCAGGUGGCUGAUUUGUAUAGGCGACAGCAGCAGAUCCAAAAUCAGGGAGACAAAUCAGGCGACCUCGAGGACUACUAUUGAUCUCGCUGCUGAUUGGCUGAUUAAGUCAGCUGACCCUCACAGCUCCCUUCUCCCAUUGGCUGUGGCCCCAGUGAUCCACGGUGUGUCUACAUGAAUAAUUGCAAAUGUCCCAGCGUGAAUGUCUCUGAUUUUUGUACAUAUUCUUACUUCUUCAAAUUGUUCAUAAAUGAAACUGAAAUAAAAGAAUGCGUUUUUUUUUA